AUAUGUAAGCAAAUCUUCCAAUGCAAAAUUGGGAUGGUUAGCAGCCACAGCCAGGAAUCGAGCCAUAGCCAUCGACAAUAGCUGCGCACAGGAACAAGAAAUUGCAGAGAAAAACAUGCUUCAGAUCCGGCUGAGCAAAGGUCCUACGUCGGACGGUGGUGGAGGUCCGGCGAGACCCGCACCGCUACUGGAGACGGUGACGGUGGCGUGUCCGGAGCACCUUGUGAUCGCCGAUCUUCCGAGCGUCGGUGUAUUUACCGUCGCUUUUGCUUCCUCUGGCCGCAACAUGGGCCGCCGAUCGCGCCGUCAACUUGGAGACAGGAUUCACUUCUGCGUCCGCUGCGAUUUCCCAAUUGCCAUAUAUGGCCGCCUUAUCCCUUGUGAGCAUGCUUUUUGUUUGGCUUGUGCAAGGAGUGAUCCUAGCUGUUAUCUUUGUGAUGAACGAGUUCAGAAGAUCCAAACUAUUAAAAUGUUGGAAGGCAUCUUCAUCUGUGCUGCUCCUCACUGCCUGAAAUCAUUCCUCAAGAAAGCUGAAUUUGAAUCUCAUGUCCAUGAUGCCCAUGUUGAUCUUCUUCAACCGAAUGUGGAGAAGGAAGGAGGCAGCGAAACUAAUAAUUUGAAUGUAAUGAGGCCUACUUCGGCAGAUUUACAGAAACAGUCAUCGUUGCCGGAAGCCUCUACUGCUCGAGCUCCACCUAGGUCCACUUUUUCCCCCAGUUCGAAUUCUCAACCUCCGGAUCGCGAAGAUAGAGUCCACCACCUUCCAUCCAGAGAUCAGUCAUACCCUAGACCUCCACAACUACGACCACUGCCUUUUCCUUCUCAGUCGAAUCAGCCAGGUGAGGUUCAGUCAGAAAGCAAUGUACCUCAAGUCUCUGAUCGGCCGUACAGCUGGUUCCCUUCGCUACAGCGCUUCGACGGCAACCAAGGAAGCACGCCGUGCCCACAAGAUACCGACCAGUUUCCUUUAGGAAGGAGUGCCCCGACUCCCAUGGAGUCCAUGUUACCCAACCUCACAGCUCAGCUUCCUCACCAUUCGGGCUUCCCAAUGCCUGGCAACCCUAAUCAACCUCUAAUCUCAGCUGCGUUUAACUUCCCCUCAUUCCCGGCGGAUGGAUCUCAGCCAUUCUUUGGUGCUCCAUUUGACAUGCCGUGCCCUGAAUCUGCUCCACCAGAUGGAGGAUCAGAGCAAGGAUCGGUGUUAGGGAUUCCACCAACUCCUGCAAGAGUAACAGGCUUUCGAGAGAAUUAUCCUCGACCAUGGGGCACGGAUCUUAUGAGCAUGCCUUUACAACCCAUUCCUAUAGUUCAAGCGAUUCCCGAGGGCUUCGUGAACCCCUCAGAUGCUCAGGGAGGAUUGGCAUUCUUCCAAGGCGAUUUUGGUCAGGGCGUCCUGCCGAACUCUGUUUCAGGUAAGGAAUCAGGGCAGCAAAGUGUUUCUGGUAAUCAGAUUGAUGGGAAGAGUCUGCCGCCUUCUUUACCAGGGCAAAUCCAGAGCUCUCGUCCUCUUCCACCUCCACCUCCUCUACCUCCACCAUUAUCACUGCAGCUUAAUAGAGCAAGAUUCUCAAGCUCCGGUGAUGCGAACAGGGAGGGCCAAAGUAUUGGUUUGCAGAAUGAGAAAGUGAGGUUUGGGAAUUGGCCAGAUUAGUCUUUGUUGCUAUUCUAUAAAACUGAUACUUUAUUUAAAAUUUUUCAUGUAAACUAAUCUUUAAAUUUUGCCUGCAUUCUGAUUAAUAUCUUUUGCUUUCAAUGCGGCAGCCAUUAUUUUUGUGUUGGUUUAGCCAAGUAGGGGGCCCUUUUAUAUUUAGCCAUGCUUCAUGGUUGCCCACAUAUAAGCUGAGCUUUAAGAAUAUUAUUGC